AUGAAGUUUUUCAUUCAGCUGUCUUAUAUUGAAAUAUACAAUGAACAAAUUAUUGAUUUAUUAACUAACAUAUCAUCGAACAAAACAACAACACUUCAACAACCUUCUUUUGAUUCUCUACAAAUUGCUGAAUCAAAUGAUCAAGUUUAUGUUAAAGGAUUAAAUUGUUUAACUGUGAAUAAUUUAGAAAAAGCAUUAACUAUAUUGUUCGAGGGAGAAUUGAAUCGUACUGUUGCAUCACACUCCUUAAAUCGUUUCUCAUCACGUGCUCAUGCUGUAUUCACAAUCUAUCUGACGAUUAUUGAUCCAAUGGACAGUGAUCGAUGUACCAAAUACAGUAAAAUUCACUAUGUGGAUUUAGCCGGGUCAGACAGUUCGAAGGAAACACAGGUUACUGAUAAACUUUUCAAGGAAGCUGCUUACAUUAAUCGUUCUUUGGCAUUUUUAGAGCAAACAAUUUUGGCGUUAUCUGAUUCAACAAGAGAUUAUGUACCAUAUCGACAAUCAAAAUUAACUCAUUUUCUAAAAAAUAGCAUUGGAGGUCGUUGUCAAACUAUUCUCAUAGCUAAUAUAUGGAAUAAAUAUACAUAUCUAAAUGAAACUUUAUCCACUUUACGAUUUGCGAGUCGAGUUAUGUCGAUUCCAGGCAAACCUGAAAUUAAUCAAAUGCAUGAUUCUAUGGCCAUCAUAAAGAAAUUGAAAAAUUCCAAUGCUAAUCUACUGCGAGAAUUACUUAUGUAUGAUACAUUGAUAUUCACUUGGAAUAAAAUAAAUGUUUUACUAUAA